AUGAAUCCACCAUCAAUUAACCACAAUAUAGAACCCAGAGACCUGAGCAAUUCAGGUUCAAGAGUUAACUCACCCCAGAGGAAGGUUUUGUCAGGAACAAAGUUGCAACGUGUUUUACACACUCCACUUAUGACAGAGCCAUCAACAACGUUAGGUUCUAACAAGUUUCCUGAGGUGUUUCGAGUAAAACAAGGAAGCCAUGCUGAUCAUCCUUCAGCCAAAAUUUCAGAACUGAUGAAAUCAACUAGCUUGGAUAAUGCUCCUACUCAGUCGCUUUUGAGUGUGGUGAAUGGUAUUUUGGAGGAAAGUGUUGAAAGAAGAAAUGGCGAAAUACCUCAACGUGUGGCUUGCUUAUUGAGAAAGGUUGUGCAAGAGAUUGAGCGACGUAUAUCAACUCAAGCAGAACAUUUAAAAACUCAAAACAAUAUUUUUAAGGCCCGUGAAGAAAAAUAUCACUCAAGAAUCAGAGUCCUUGAAGCUCUUGCAUCUGGAACUGAGGAAGAGAAAGAGGUAUAUACUGAAUUAUUACAAAUACAGUGUUCACAGUUGAAAGCAAAAGUUGAGGAGAAGAACAUGACAGAGGGAACAGAUUCUAUCAGAUAUAUUAAAGAAUUAGAGGACAAAAAUAUGGAAAUUUCAACACUAAAGAAAAAACUAGAGACAAUGAAAAAAGAAUAUGAAGUACAAUGCUCACAGUUGGAAGCAAAAGUUGAGGAGGAAAAGAGGGAAGAGGGCAAAGAGGUUAGUAGAUAUAUUAAAGAACUAGAGGACAAAGAAAUGGAAAUUUCAGCAAUGAGGCAAAGACUAGAAACAGUGACAAAAACAUACGAAGUACAAUGCUCACAACUGAAAGAAAAAGCUGAGGAGGAAAAGAUGGCAAAUGGAAACGAGGUUAUUAAUUAUAUCAAACAGUUGGAGGACAAAAACAAGGAAAUUUCUGCAUAUAAGCAAGAAUUGGAAACAAUGAAAAAAACAUAUGAAGUUCAAUGCUCACAGUUGAAAGCAAAAACUGAAGAGGAAAAAAUAGCAAGUGGGAAUGAGACCAUUAGAUAUAUCAAAGAGCUAGAGGAAAAAAAUAUGGAAAUUUCAGCAUUUAAACAAGAACUAGAAACAAUGAAAAAAACAUAUGAAGAUGAAUGCUCACAAUUGAAAGCAAACGCUGAAGAGGAAAAAAUGACGAAUGGGAGAGAAAUUAUUAAAUAUACCAAAGAGCUAGAGGACAAAAACAUGGAAAUUUUAGCAUUUAAGAAAGAACUAGAAACAACGAAAGAAACAUAUGAAGAACAAUGCUCAGAAUUGAAAGCAAAAGCUCAAGAUGAAAAAAUGGCGAAUGAGAAAGAAAUUAUGAAAUAUAUGAAAGAGGUAGAGGACAAAAGUAUGGAAAUUUCAUCAUUUAAGCAAGAACUAGAAACAACGAAAAAAUCACAUGAAGUACAAUGCUCACAAUGGGAAGCAAAAGUGGAGGCUGGUAAAGAAGAGCUGAAACAGAAAUCACAAGAAUACGAAAACUUGAUGGAAAAACUAAGAAAUAAGAUUAAAGAGAAUGAAACCAUUUACGAGUCAAAAUAUCAGAAGUGGGUGCAGAAAGAGAACCAAAUACGAAAAGAUGUGAAUUUUCAGUUCAGUUCCAUCAAGACAUUGAAAUUAUCAUGGGAAUCUAUUAAGCAAGAUGCUUUGAAAGAGCAAAAGAUUUACUCUGAGGAAUGUAAAAAAUUAGGUUUAAAUCUGAAACCACUGGUAGAUGCAGCAGAGAAUUAUCAAAUAGUUCUUGCAGAAAAUCGAAAACUGUUCAAUGAAGUUCAAGAAUUAAAAGGAAAUAUAAGAGUAUAUUGUCGACUAAGACCAUUUCUUCCUGGUCAAAAGGAAAAACAAACUAUUGUGGAACACAUUGGUGAAACAGAGUUGGUUGUGGCAAAUCCUUCCAAACAAGGAAAGGAAGGCCUUAGAUCAUUUAAGUUCAACAAGGUCUUUGGUCCAACCUCAACUCAAGCUGGGGUGUAUGGUGACAUACAAGCCUUCAUACGAUCAGUAUUGGAUGGCUACAACGUAUGUAUAUUUGCUUAUGGUCAGACUGGUUCAGGGAAAACUUACACAAUGAGUGGUCCAAAUAAUCCAACACCAGAGAGUGUUGGUGUUAACUAUCGAGCUCUUAAUGAUCUCUUCAGCAUAUCCACAAGUAGAAAAAGCUCCAUAGAGUAUGAGAUUGGGGUUCAAGUAAUUGAGAUAUACAAUGAACAAGUGCGAGACUUAUUAACAACUGAUGCUACAAAGAAAUACACACUUGGGAUAUUGAAUCAUGCUCAACCAAAUGGAUUGGCAGUGCCUGAUGCUACCAUGCAACCUGUGAAAACAACUGAGGAUGUCAUAAAGCUAAUGGACAUUGGUCUGAAAAAUAGAGCUAAGGGUUCGACAGCUAUGAAUGAAAGAAGUAGUCGUUCUCACAGUGUGGUCUCAAUUCAUGUUCGUGGGAUGGAUAAAAAGUCUGGUUCCACUCUUUUUGGUAAUCUUCAUUUGGUAGAUUUAGCAGGAAGUGAAAGAGUUGAUCGCUCUGAAGUGGUUGGUGAUAGACUCAAGGAAGCACAACACAUUAACAAAUCACUUUCUGCUCUUGGAGAUGUCAUUUUUGCACUUUCUCAGAAGAGUGCUCAUGUGCCAUAUAGAAAUAGCAAGCUUACUCAACUUCUGCAAACAUCUCUUGGUGGUCAAGCAAAAACACUCAUGUUGGUCCAAAUUAAUUCUGAUGUAAAGUCAUUUUCUGAAUCUUUGAGUACUUUAAAGUUUGCUGAGAGGGUUUCUGGAAUUGAGUUAGGAGCUGCUAAGAGUAGUAAAGAAGGAAGAGAUGUUAGAGAAUUAAUGGAACAGGUGGCUUCUUUGAAGGACACUAUUUUGGUUAAGGAUGAGGAGAUUGAGAAGUUACAAUUACUUAAGGAUCUAAAAAAUGUGUAUCCUGGUGCUAAUUCUGAGAACGUUGAAACUGCCUAAUCAGUUAUGAACUUUUCUCAAUCAAAGAGUUUUUGUUUAGAAAGAGAAACCCAAAACCAUAAAAAUGUAGAAAAGAUA